CAUUCUAUUCAAAUUCACCACAGCGGCACAGUCUCUCUCUCUCUCUCUCUCUCUCUCUCUGAAAAGAAACAUUCCAAGAUCACCGAUGGUUCUGGCGACGGUGUACCGCCGGCUACUGCAAACCGACAUCCAGGUUCCGCCGGCGGCAGCCAAUGGAAGCUCAAUAGACGGUGGUUACACAGCUGGUGAUGACAGCUUUGACAACAAUAUGAUGAUUAUACUUGCUGUCUUGCUAUGUGCAUUAAUAUGUGCACUCGGCCUUAAUUCGGUAGUACGUUGCCUCUUAAGGUGUAGCCAAACUUUUGUUUUCGAGCAUCCUGGACAACCCACUGCACGAACAGCAUCGAAUGGUCGGGAACAAGGGUGGUUGAGUGACAUUCCGGUGGUGGUUUAUCAGUCGGAGAUGAAAAUUCCGACCACCGAUUGUCCGAUUUGCCUCGGAGACUUCAGUGAAGGUGAAAAAGUUAGAAAUUUGCCCAAGUGUAAACAUUGGUUUCAUGUUAAAUGUAUAGAUAAAUGGCUUCUUUCACAAUUAUCUUGUCCGAUAUGUAGGCAGCUUUUGUUUGAACUAGAUGAAGUUUAAUCGAGUCUGUAAAGUUUACUUUGUCGUUUUUGUUCGAUUUUAUAAAAGUGUAUAGCCAGUUUCGAAAGUA